CGCGCGUGGUUGGAAUUUUCUGACCCUGCACGACGAUUUUCCUUCAUAGUCUGAAAUCCCUCUGGCCUCUGACCCGCUAUCUACACCGAGCUGGCAACCAAACCGUUACAAACGUACAAUCAAUCAAUAUCAAUGCCGUAAUGAAAUUUCAAACCAAAUUAUCAUCGCAAAUCCUCAGUGUUCACGCACGCUAUCGCGCAUCUAGUUUUCCAGUUGACAAAGAAAACGGGAAGGAGCUUCGGUUUUUGGGGAGUAAAGGAGUAAGGAUCGCGCUGCUAAUUGCUUAGCAAUCAUCGUCCCAAGAAUGAAUUUUUUUGGCGGAACAUUGCCGUCGGAGUUGGGAUUAGGAUCUCUAGUUCGAUCUUCAGGAAAGUUGUGGGGUAAAAAGGUUGAUGUAGGAGUGGCAAGGGGGGGAUGGACAAACUAUACCUAUACCAUUGGGGUCACGCUCAUCAUACUCACUUGCCACUUGCUCAACAAACUCCGCUGUUUCCCACGUCUCUUGUCGUUGUAUUAUUCUGCCUCUGUAUACGAUUCAAAUGGUCAAAGAGGAUCUGCUCCUUUGUAUUCUGGCUCUAAUCCUUCUGCCCAUAUUUCUCAAUCACUUCUCCCCCAAUCUAGGAUUUCUACAAUUAUUUCUGAUUUAGACCUGAAGAAUUUGAUUGAAGACUUGGAUGAAAAGCUCCAUUAUAGUGAGAAGUGGGAACAAGUCAUUGACCGACGAGAAGAUAUUUUUUCCUACACCGCGAAGUGUUGUAAGCAAAAGGUUGGGCCUCAUAAAUACAUAAGUAUAACAGUAUUUGAAAAUUGCUCCAUUGAAAUGUUGAGAGAUUUCUACAUGGAUAAUGAUUUCCGGAAAACUUGGGACAAGACCCUAGCAAUGUAUGGACAGUUACAAGUAGACAAGGGCAGUGGAACUGAAAUUGGGUGGAUGGUAAAGAAGUUCCCCCUCAUGACUCCUAGAGAGUACGUAUUGGCUUGGAAAGUUUGGGAAGGCAAUGAUGGAUCAUUCUAUUGUUAUAGCAAGGAGUGUGAACAUCCUUUAAUUCAUAGACAGAAGAAGUAUGCACGGGUUGCACUAUUCAGAUCUGGAUGGAGAAUCAAGGCAGGCAGUUUCUGGUAGGAAUGCUUGCGAGAUCAAAAUGGUUCACCAAGAAGAUUCCGGUAUGAAUGUUGAAAUAGCAAAGCUAGCUUUUUCCAAGGGAAUAUGGGGUUAUAUUUGCAAGAUGCAUAAUGCACUUCGCAAUUACUCAACUGCUCGCCGUUCUCCCCUAACAGCAGGUGUGAGCGCAGUCACAUUAAUUCAGAAGGUCCCAACUGAAUUGGAUGCUAUUAGCAGCACAGCCAACACAAUGCCACCAGGAACCUCCACAAGUAGGGACCACCUCCAUCCUGGAUUGCCACCACAUGAAACCUUUGCUAAGAAGUUGCCAAGUAAGCAAUCGAUCAAACUAUUGAAAAAUGCAUUUCUUAUAAUAGGAGGUGCAAUCUGUCUGUCUCGUGGACAUUCCAACUUGGGUGUGAAAGUCGCCAUGGUAUGCAUCUUGGGGAAGCUCACAAAGCGGAGUGCUUCUCGAAGCAAUAGCCAGGGGAGAGGAGGAGGUAUUCAUAGUCAAGACUAGAGGAUUGAUGGAAGAUUUGACAACUUACUAAAUUAACAAUAGAUGGUAGUGUCGAUUUGUAUAUAUCUGGAUCUUUGAGCUUUUGCUUGCUCCUAAUUUUAAGUUUUGUGAUAUUGUAAUUUUUUGGUUCAACUAAAAUGUCAUCUUCCGAUAUAUAGUGCAAACAAAAAAGGUCAACAGAUUUAAGAUCAAGGGCUAGAAAAUGUGAUGACAUUUUUGUUAAUAAACUAAAUUUUCCAUCACCAUAAUAUAUGCAUUGAACAUUUGAACAUAAA